AUGGCGUCCUCCUACCCGCCAGCGAUUGCCAAGCCAGAGCGCCAGCGAUUGGUCGAGGUGAUCAAGGACUGGAGCAUAGCCAAUGGGCUUACGGUCCGGCCGAUGCCCACGGCCGUGACGGCCAGCGACAGCGAUCUUGCGAGCUCGCUGGCCAUGCCGGUGCCGGUGACACUCUUCCCCAGUCCGUUUCCGCGGGCGGCUUUCCACGAAGCCCAGGCGGUGCAGACGGCCUACAACGAGCUGUAUGCGGGCAUCAGCCAGGACGAGGAGUUCCUUAGCCGCAUUAUCGCUCAGGUGAUCGAUGGCGAUGACUUCACUGCCAGCCUGUGGAAUGUGCAUCUGCGCGUGAAGAAGGAGGGCUACACACACAAACACUCGCUGGGCAUCUUCCGGUCGGACUAUCUGGUGCACCAGGAAGCAGGCGAUGGUGACAGCACACAGCUGCCGAUCAAGCAGGUCGAGUUCAACACCAUUGCAGCGUCUUUUGGCGGGCUGUCGGUGCAAGCGGCCAAGCUGCACCGGUUCCUCGCCGAGACCGAGUACGGCUACCUGCAGGCCGAGCCGACCGGCCCCUCGCGAUACGACUUGCCGGCCAGCACGAGCAGCCAGGACAUUGCAGCCGGAUUGCGUGCUGCAUUUGACGUGUACGACCGCUCGGAGCCGGCGACGCUGGGCCUGAAGCGCUGCGUGCUCUUCCUUGUGCAGGACGGCGAGCGCAACGUGUUUGACCAGCGGCACAUUGAGUACCACACCAGCGCGGGCGGGCGGGUGCCGGUAUUUCGGGUGCCAUUCAGCGCCGUGCUGCAAAGCACACGCGUGGCCGACACGCCACGGCGCCAGCUGUUGUUCCCGCUACCGACAGACCGGUCGCGCGUGUUCGAGGUGGCCGUCGUGUAUCUGCGCGCCGGCUACGGACCAUCCGACUACCCGGAUGCGGCCGCCUGGGAGGGCCGCUACCACAUUGAGCGGACGGCCGCGAUCAAGUGCCCGACGGUGCUGACGCAGGCAGCCGGCACCAAGAAAGUGCAACAGGUGCUGGCCACGCCGGUGAACGAAUCCGAAUCUGGGUCCGAGUCCGGGUCCGGGUCCGGGUCCUCGGAGCUCGGCCGCUUCGUCGCCGAGGACAGCGACAAGGCCCGCCAGAUCCGCCGCACGUUCACCAACAUUUACCCGUUGGACACGACGUCUGCGGCUGGCCGACAGGCCCGCAUUUGGGCCCAGGAUGUCGAGGCGUGCCGGCGAUUUGUGCUCAAGCCACAGCGCGAAGGCGGCGGGAACAACUACUACAAGGACAAGAUCCCGGCCCAGCUCAAGGCGGUGCCCGAGGAACACUGGCCGUCGUAUAUCCUGAUGGAGCUCAUCACGCCGCCGCCCGUGGCCAACGUGAUCCUGCGCAACGGCCAGACCGAACAGGGCGGCGUCAUCUGCGAGCUGGGCGUCUAUGGCACCUGCAUCUGGGCGGCGGGCGGCCGCGGCAGCGACACCAUCGUCCGCAACGAGACGGCCGGUUAUCUGCUGCGCACCAAGGGUGACCAGAGCGAGGAGGGUGGCGUGGCUGCCGGAUUCGGAUGCAUGGACUCGGUCAACCUAGUUUAG